AGAUAGAUAGAUAGAUAGAUAGAUAGAUAGACAGACAGACGGACCGACAGAUAGAUACACGAUAAAAAAAAAAAACAAAAAAAAACAAGCAACGAAUUCUGUAUCUGCUUCAUAUUCUCAAGACAUGCAAUAAUAAGAAAACACGCCAGCAAUUACUCACAAAAUAAUAUACAAUUUAAACAAAUUAUUCCCUCCAGAUGUUAUUAAUAUGUAGAGAUAAGUUCUUACAUAAAGAAUAGAACUUUAGGCUUCUGGAAGUAGUGAUUUGAACACGGAACAAGCAGCAGCGAUGUAUUUAAUCGCAAACCGUUUUUAUUGAACUUAAUGUAAUUGUUAUAUAUUGUCUCGAACAUGAUACGUACGAUGGCAAUUAUUUCUGAUUUUUUGUUGCCGAUUCUAUUUGAACUCGUGUACUGAUGCGUCUAAGUUAAUAGGCAAAUCGUUGAAUCACUCUGAUAAACAACUAUACCAACCACUUCGUUAAUAGGAGGCGUGUAAAGUGAAUUGUAUAUUUAUCCAUACAUACAUACACACACACACACAAACAACAUAAAGAGAGAGAGAGAGAGAUUUAAGGAUAUACAUAGACACCUGCAUAUAUACCUUCACACAUACUUACAUAAAUACUUUCAUACAUACAUAAUACAUACGUACGAUACCAUACAAUGCCAUAAUAUACAUACUUAUUUUAUCGUUGGAACCAGGAGAAUGAAACGGAAGUCCGAUGCCACUGAGAUUUAGACUAAGAGUGUAACGUAAUAAAGUCAGGUACCGUACCAUCUGCGCCGUCUCCCAGUCGGAUAAGGCUAACAUCAGAAUAUAAGGCGCGGACGAUGAUUUUCAUGUUGAAAUGUUGUUAAGAACUGUCUAAUGCAACUGUGUAUGUUUCACAACAGGAAGCUAACUCAUCCAGAGCUAGGAUCAAUGGAAAAGAAAUGCAACUGAACAGUUUAUAUUCAUAGAAAAGAUUACGAGAGGUAAGAAGUUUGGAAUACAAUAUGUGUGACUUGUUUUUAUUGCUACUGUAUCUCUUGGAUGGUUCAUGAGAUAUUAUCUAUACUAGAAUAAUACGAAAAUCAAUAUUUACUAUCGAAAACGUUUGGAACAAAUCUUUCCAUCUUUCACACUCCUUUAUCUCGAAGUUCUGUGAACGCAACGAAAUUUGAAACACCAAUAUUGACAAGUACAUCAAAAGAGACUGACAGAAUAAGCACCAAGCUCUAAGAAAAUCAGAACUUUGGUCGAUUCUUGAAGGUGGUCCUUUAACAUGGCUGAGGUUUAAUGACUGAAAUAAGUAGAAGGUGAAAGAACCCAGUGUAGCAAUGAGAUGCUUUCAGGAUUAAUAUAAAUGAAAAGCUGUAAUAUAUUUUGGUGAAAUUAUUGCUCCGACAUAGGUAUCCUCUUGAAGAAACCAUCAAAUAACAGCAGUGUUACAAUGGCGUACUCAAACAACACUAACUAUCAGCAAUUUAUUUACCAGAGAGAUCCACUUAGAGAGGCUUUAGAGCUUUAUGGCACGCCGACAGUUAUAGCUUUCGGCGUGUUUGGUAACAUUUGGGCAAUUUUAACGUUCUAUUACACUAGUAUUAAACGAAUUCCAGCUACACAUUCUAUGAUGGCGUUAGCAGUUGUUGAUAAUGGUGUCCUCAUUACCAUAUUAUUGAUGACUUGGCUUCCGAGACAGAGAAUUGACAUAUACAACAAAUAUGGCUGGUGUCAAAUAAUAAUUCUGUGUAACUUCGUUAGUAUAUUCCUAUCGCCAUGGUAUCUAGUCUGCUUACUUAUAGAACGAUAUCUUGAUUUGGUUCACCCCUCUUCCCAAUGGCGAAUAAAAACAACAUUUCGUGCACGCCUGAUUUCAAUUGGACUGGCGAUUUUAGCACUUGCCUUUUAUUUGCACAUUGCAUGGAUAUUUGGCGUAGAUGAACAACGUAACCUAUGUGGUUUGUGGCCAGGUAGCGCGAAUUAUUAUCAUAAAUUGAAUAUUAUUGACACUAUCAUUGUUGUUUUACUUCCGACCAUUUGUUUUGUCGUUCUUUUAUUUCGACUUCUUUUGUACAUGUGGUACGACUGCCAAACUCGUCGCUCUCUAAGAUGUCUCCAGCCAAAUUUACGACAAAAUGCCAACACAACCACGAUUGUUACCAAUUAUAAACCAAAUACAGUGAUUAAUAAUCCAACAAAUGAAAGGAUCUGCCCCACUGACAUGGGGUUUGAUUUAACGACUAUGGUAACAACUAUAACAUUUGCUACAAUAGUGCUGACUUUAUUAAAUAAUGCCAGCAGAGUUGCAAUGACAUUUGGUAACCGACGAUUCACAAAGAUUAUUUCAUACUUUAGCAUUGUUAAUAAUCUAAAUUAUGCUUGUCGUUUCUAUAUUUAUUUUAUUGUGUCCCCAACUUUUCGUUAUCAUCUUCGUGAAUUACUUCUUAAGACAUGCAAAUGUAUCAUUGUCGAUUUCUGUCGUCCACGAACGACUGAACAAGAUAUUCCAGCUCAAAACAUUUCUAACAAUGAAAUGCAAACAAUUCCGAAUGACACACAAAAUUAAGUUUCAACUAAAUUGAAAUAAAUUUGUAAUAUUGAUUUGGCUUUUGUUGAAAAUGGCAGUGCAUAGCAAAAGAUACUCUUUUUAAAGUUUUAUGUGGCUUUCAAUUAUAAUAAAUAUAAUAUCCAUUCUUAAACUACGUUUCUCGAAUCAUUCAAAUAAGCGAAUUUUGUAUGUUUAUUCUGAAAAAUAACAUGAGGUUUUCUUUUCAUGAAAAUUAGUGCUAUAUUAUUGGCUUUUUUCAUAUUCACCUAUUUUAAUUUAAUUUAAUUUUCAAUAAAAAAUUAUAUUUUAGAUAAACAAGACAGGGUUUAAACCUGAACUUCCUCAAUCUAAAGUCCUCGAUAUUUUCGCUGCACCUGAUAUUUUAUAAGAAAUUGUUACAUCUCUAAGUAUAGCAAUUCAAAUUCGCUGAGGAAACAUCAAUUAAGGUUUUAUGUUUUAUUUCUUUUUAUAAAUCAAAUUUAAUUAAUAUCCGUUCAUUAAUAUGCUAUGAAUGUAAUACGUAUGAAGCAAAUUAUGAGUUAUGACUUAAUUAAAUUGACUUAUUAAAUAUAGCACAAAUAAAUAUCAAACAAAAUAAGUCUAAGUCGUAAUAUCAAUGCUUCUGCAGCUAAAUGUGUAUAUAUUAUAUCACAGAAUAUUCUAGGGGAUGACAUUAAAAUUCUCUAUAGCUUUUAUCAAAGUAAUAAGAGAAGAGAUUUUGUCCAAACAGUUCAAUCUGUCUUGAAAAGCCAUUUCUUUUUUUGUAUAUCGAAAAUCUUCAAAUAUUCUUGAGAAAUUUCCAUGAAACGUCUAUAUAUUCAUGUUAACUUGUUUUCAUAUGAGAUCUCAAAAGAUGUGUCUGUAAAUAAAUAUAUAUAUAUUAUUGAGAUGUGACAAUUCUGUAAAAUUGUAUUUCUUCGUCUUUUCAAUAAAUUCAGUAUCCGUUUAAAAUUCGAA